CUUGUCUUCUUCUUCUAUAUAACAUAACCUUUCCACUGAGGUUUUUUCUACCCUGCAUCUUUCACUACUGAUGAUGGAGCAAGAAAUGGACCACGCAAAGAGGAGCACCAGAGAAGAAACUGAUGAAGAGAAAUGGGUUCACGAUGCUUCUGUGGAUUACAGAGGCAGACUUCCUCUUCGUGCUUCCACUGGCGUCUGGAAAGCUAUCCCGUUCGUCCUCACUAUUGAAUUUAGUGAGAGAGUGAGUUUCUUUGGGAUAGCAACGAAUCUCAUCACAUACCUCACCAAAGUGAUUCACCAAGACCUCAAUACAGCAGCAAAGAAUGUGAAUUACUGGGCGGGAACAACCACCUUGAUGCCUUUACUUGGAGGAUUUGUCGGUGAUGCCUACACUGGUCGCUUCCAUAUGGUUCUCUUUUCUUCUCUCGUGUAUCUUAUGGGAUUAAGCCUCUUGACUAUGUCUCUGUUCAUCCCAAGUCUAACGCCAUGCAAGAAUAAUGCAAAGGUGUGUGUUAAGCCCAGGAAGGCUCAUGAAGUGGUAUUUUUCCUUGCCCUGUACUGUAUCUCCUUGGGUACAGGAGGAUACAAGCCCUGCUUAGAGAGCUUUGGGGCUGAUCAAUUUGACGAUGAUCACUCGGAAGAGAGGAAGAAGAAGAUGUCUUACUUCAAUUGGUGGAACUUCUCUCUGUGCUUUGCCUUACUGCUUGGUGUUACUGUGGUUGUUUACGUUCAAGACUAUGUGAGCUGGGGACUUGCGAGUCUUGGCCUCACUAUUCUAAUGGCCGUAACAAUCAUAGCUUUCUAUGUUGGAAAGCCAUUUUACAGGUUCAGGAGCUCAGAAGGAAACACUUUGACACCAAUUUUGCAGGUGGUAGUUGCAGCAAUAAGGAAAAGGAACUUACCCUGCCCUUCAAAUCCUUCUCUGUUUUAUGAAGUCCCCAAGUCACAGGGAAGGCUUCUAAGGCAUACCAACAGGCUCAGAUGUCUGGACAAGGCUGCAAUAAUCGAAGACAGGAAUGAGGAUCAGGGAGACAUUAACCCAUGGAGACUUACGACUUUAACGAGGGUGGAAGAGGCAAAGCUUAUCGUUAGUAUGAUUCCCAUAUGGUUAACUUCAUUAACAAACGGACUUUGCAUAGCACAGAGCACAACCCUCUUCGUGAAGCAAGCAGACUCCAUGAAACUCAACAUAACUCACAGUUUCAAGAUCCCACCAGCUUCUCUGGCCGCCGCAGGAGCUAUUGGAACCUUAAUAUCUGUCCCAAUAUACGACAGAAUCAUCGUCCCGUUUUUGAGGAGAGUAAGGAAAAACGAAAGAGGCAUCAGCAUUUUACAAAGAAUCGGCAUUGGCUUGGCAUUCUCUGUUGUAGUUAUGGUUAUUGCAGCCUUAGUGGAAAAAGAGAGACUAGGAAAGGCCAUGUUUGGGAAUGAAAAGAUGAGUGUUUUCUGGUUGGUGCCUCAGUACUUAUUACUAGGUGUUGGGGAUUCAUUUUCUCUUGUGGGUUUGCAAGAGUACUUCUACGAUCAAGUUCCUGACUCAAUGAGAAGCUUAGGGAUAGCUUUAUUUCUGAGCGUGAUUGGGGUGGGAAGCUUCUUGAGCAGCUUUCUGAUCAUAAUUGUGGAUCAUGUUACAGGGAAAAAUGGAAAGAGUUGGAUUGGGAAGGAUAUAAAUAUGAGUCGUUUGGACUAUUUUUACUGGUUAUUGGCUGUGUUAGGUGCUCUGAAUCUGUGUGGCUUCGUGUUGUUGGCACGAAGGUACACUUACAAACCAGUGCAGAGGAGGGUAAUGCAAGCUGAUGAUGGGGUUGAAGAUGAAGCCGCCAGAGUUUAGCUGACUCCUAUGAUUUCUGCUAAACAUAUUGUGCUACAUAUAAUUGCCUCAAAUUGGUGAAUUGUUCUUCCAUGGACACAUUACAUAUUAAGAUGUUUGCAUGCUUAAUGUUCUGGCCUUCAAGUCUAUGGCUCCUUGGGCCGUACUAUCUUAAAAGUAGCCUGUUCAUUGCAAUUUGGCCCCAAGUACAAGUUGUAUAUUUGUCUAUUAGACAAUUGUUUACUGCUUAGUGUUCGGUUA